AUGGCUGACACACCUUCUCCAAACAAAUCCACCAGAACACCACGUCUCAUAUUGCGUGAAGCCCGCAAAGGGGACCUCGCCGCCAUUCAUAAGCUGUACAGCAAUGAGGAACGCAGGUCUCAACCCCACGAUUCUGUGUCCCGAACGGCAACCUAUCUCGAAGCCAUGGUCACCUCAUCAACAAACGGAGACCUUGCGUUUGUCCUCGUCCUACCCCCAUCUGCCACCACGAUAACUACUUCCACAACUCCUGCCGGCACCACAAUAGACGAAGGCAAAACCAUAGGACAUGCAGGUAUCUGGUACGCCGACCGGAACGAACUUGUGUUUAUGAUCGAUAACGCCUACUGGAACCGAGGCUACAUGACUGAAGUACUCGCAGCGCUCGUCCCCAUCUUCUGGGAGAAGGGGUUGAAGAAGGUAUACGCGGACGCGAACCCGGAUAAUGGGGCUAGCCUCAAGGUGCUGAGGAAAUGUGGAUUCACUCAAGUGGGGGGGAACAUUGUAGAGUCUUUGGCAGGGGAGUAUGAGAGCCUGCGCAUGGAAUUGGCAAACCCACGUGAUGGAGAGGAGGAAGGAGAGUUUGAUUUUGCGGAUGAAGGAGCCAAAUGGAAGUCCAAGAACCAAGCCCUUUAUCGCAGCAGCAAUCCUUCUACCUAUCAUCAUACCCUUCACCCUUACCGCCCAGCGACGCAUAAACGCCAAGCUGAACCACAAUCGAAUAAGUUGAUUGGGAAGGGUAAAUUGUCAAUUGCGGAGACACAUAGCGCGGUGCCCAGCGAGCAGGACAUUGGCGAACUGCUCGAUGAGUGGGGUAAACAGAAUGCUGUGAGGGCGGCGAUUACGGGGAUGGGGACGGUGCUGGGUGCUUGGGGCGUGCUGAUGGCAUGA